UUUUUUAGCAAAAUAAUGAAAUAUAAUCAUGCCUGUUCAGCUCAACAACAAUAUCAGCAACAGCAGUUUGAACAACAGCAGUUUGAACAACAACAAUUUGAACAGCAGCAGUUUGAACAGCAACAGUAUGAACAACAGCAGAGACAACUGCUUGCCGAACAGCAACUGAGGCAACAGCAAGCGGAGCAGCAAAAACGUCAGCAGCUUGUGGAGCAGCAACAACGUCAGUUGUACGAACAGGAGCUAGUGAGAGAAAGAGCAGCAAUAGAAGAGGAAAACAGGAAGCUUCAAUUAAAGGAAUCUGCUCGGUCCUUGAACCAUCAGGAUUAUAUUGCAAAUGUUCUUGGUGGGGUCGGAGGAGGGAGCAGGGACGAUGCAGUUCUACCAAGACGAUCCGUUGGACGAGGUAGACAAAUUGACGAAUCUUCCGGAGACGAGGGGGACUUUAAUCCAAAUCGUCGCGCUAAAUCUGUGGGUGCAAGUGGACGAUUUAGGUCGAAAUCUCCAGGUUCCUUCUCCGUUAAAUCAGGGAUCAGUCUGUUCGACUUGUCGGAGAUGUCUGCGACCUCUAAGAUGUCAAGGUAUGUCUAUGACCUCUAAGACUAAUAUGUCCA